UUUGCCUUGCGCCUCGCAGCGGGGUUGGAGAUCGGAGUGAUUGCUCGGAAGGCCAUUCAACAAUGCUUGGGAAAGGACAAAGCGGUGGAUACUCCUCAGACUCAGCUGGAGACGUCUUGCAAAGUGCGGUGCCAUUGGACAGUGCAGCUAAGAAGGGCCUUCAUCUGGGGGGGCAGCUGUCUGGUGGUUUGCAAGCGGGGUCCCAGCAGCAGAACCAGCAGCUCCUCCUGACUCCAGCCAGCCUCCAGCUGGCUCAACUCCAAGCCCAGCUCACCCUCCACCGCCUCAAGCUGGCUCAGGGGGGCAACACUGCCGCCGCCACUGUUCUCAAUCAGGUUCUUUCCAAUGUUGCCAUGGCCCAGCCUCUCUUCAAUCAACUGCGAAACCCCCAGAUUGGCUUCCCCACUGGGGUGCCUGGUUUUCCCACUUCUAACUCGGCUUUCGGGACAACGGGAUUUAACCAAAACGCAGGGAAUUGUAGACCGAACCAUCACGUCGGAGGCACCACAGUGGGCCCACAGGGUGUGGAGUCCGUGCCUACAUACCCCUCAGAUGUUGACAGGCGUGUUCCGUACAACUUGGGGGCAUCAGCCGCUUCCACUCCAGCUGCCAAUGGACAUUACUCAGUGAUCAACACUAAGCAACAGAACAAUGUUGCUUUUAAGCAAGAUUUCUACGGACAGGAUAUCUCUGGACAACAAGCUGGAUUUGGUGUUGGUGAUCAGAACAUGACUCUUUAUAAUUGCACCGGACAGAAGGAGCAAUGGACAAGUCCCACCAACUUGAGUCAGACCGCGAACGCGGCAACGGCGUCUGACGUGGCCACCGUUUGGACUGCAGCUGGGCAGGCGGGGAGGUCCAGGAAGGAACUUUAUAACCCAGAGGAGCCGACCUCUGACCAUAAGUUUAACCUCCAGGGUGGAGGUUCUUCUUUCGGGACUAGCGACAUGCAGGGUUAUACAGGUUACCAGCCCCUACAUGGUACUGAGGACACGCUGUGUUCAGGUACCAGGGCACUUCAGCCUUACCAAGUCAAUGACUACCACGCUGUCACACCGACUCAACUGCCGCACCAAUGCAGCAUCUGUGACAAGAAAGUCUACAACCUUAAGGACUGGGACCAUCACGUGAAGGGAAAACUACACAUGCAGAACCGAAUGUUGUACAUCAACGAAAGCGCGGCAGUGCUGUCAGCCGGAGCUGCUCUGUACGCGCUCGGUAGGCCCACGGAUGGAGCGCUCAACGCGGGGGACGCAAACUCAAGGAUCUAUCCUGCUGCAGGUCAAGAUAUAUCCCCAGGAGUCAACUCCUCAUACUUGCCAGCUGCAGCCAUGAAGAAUUACCCUCUGCCCAACACGGUGUUCACUUCACCACAGCCGGAGUCAAAGCCUUUUCCACCAAGGACGGCAACCACGGGACGGGUGGUUCACAUCUGCAACCUCCCCGAGGGCAGCUGCACAGAGAAUGAUGUCAUCAACCUGGGAAUUCCUUUCGGCAAAGUAACCAAUUACAUCCUGAUGCGUUCUACCCAUCAGGCCUUUCUAGAGAUGGCCUACAUCGAAGCAGCUCAGGCCAUGGUGCAGUACUACCAACUGACGCCAGCUUCCAUAAACAAUCAGAAACUUCUCAUUCGAAUGUCUAAGAGGUACCAGGAGCUGCAGCUUAAGAAACCAGGUAAAAAUGUUCAGGCAAUCAUUCUAGACAUUGCCACUCAACGGGAAAGAGACGAAACAAAUGAACUUGAGAACUACAUGCCAGAGAGAGCCCGCUCCCGCAGCCCCAUCAGCCGCUCCCUGAGCCCUCACUCACACAGUCCCAGUUUUACCUCAUGCAGCUCAGCCCACAGCCCCCAGGCGGCCCCAUGCAGAGGUCAGGAAAGAGGCAGCAAUGGCAUAGGCCCUCGCCAAGGUUCUUGGGACUGGUCGUCACAUUUUAGACGGGCAGAAGAUGGAAAGGAGAGGGAUGAUAUCAGGCGGAAUGGCAGCAACAUCGAUAGUGACCGGCCCAAUGAACGGCCAACUGACCGCUGGAAAGCCUACGGGAAACCCUUGGAUUAUGGCAUCUCUCGGUCUGCAGAUGAGCGAGGAGGAGAUGAAGGGAUGAGGAGAAACAGAGACUUCCCACGAGGCAACCCUCAAGGCAUGGCCUUUAACUCCUACAGAAACAUGGAAGACAACUUCUACAUGAGGUCUGACAAGGUGAUCAGAUCUCCAUACUUAAGACGCGAUACCAAGUCAAAGAGAAGGAAUGGAAGUGAUUACCAGAGUAGGUCGAGGCAUCCGGAGAGCGAGAUGAAUGAUGAACCAUUUCGCAGAACCCCAGAUGACAAGAAGCAGAGUUCUCCCUGCAGAGGGAGUAGAAAGUCCAGCAGAAGGUGCACCAAUGCAGAGAAACAUGACAGCCCAACAGGACAUACUGAUGACCGUUCUAAAGAGCAGGCGUCACCCCAGAGCAGUAACAAGCCAGAAGAUGCUAUUGAGUGUUCUAAACUCAAGGAAAAUGAGAAGAGAUUGGAUGGUGGCGAAAACACUGAUGAUGAAUGCUGGUAUCCUAAGAACAUGGAGGAAUUUCUGACAGUUGAUGAAGUAGGGGGAGAAGACGAUUCCAUUAUUGAACCCGACCUUCCUGACCUGGAGGAGGAUUUGACUGGUCCUAAAGAAUCUGCAGAAGAGCAAACACUUGCAAUAGAAGAGCCUAUACCGUUGCCUACCCCUUCUUUGGAGGAGCAGAAGAUGUGUGUGGAGGAAUCUGUUCAGACGCUGAUAUGUGACGAUGCUGAAGUCCCAACUGAAACUUUGGAAGUUGAGAAAGUUGUUUCAACUGAGACCAGAGUAGAUGAUAGAAUUCAGUGUCCUUUGACUCUUGAGCCACCUAUGAAAGAAAUUCAGUGUCUUAUGACUCCUGAACCACCUAUCAUGAAACAAACUCAGUGUCCUACGAUUCCUGAGCCACCUAUCAUUAACCAAACUCUGUGUCCUAUGACUCCUGAGCCCCCUAUCAUGAAACAAAGUCAGUGUCUUACGACUGCUGAACCACCUAUCAUGAAACAAACUCCAUGUCCUACGACUCCCGAACCACCUAUCCUGAAACAAACUCAGGGUCCUAUGACUCCUGAACCACCUGUCAUGAAACAAACUCAGUGUCCUACGACUCCUGAGCCCCCUAUCAUGGAACAAAGUCAGUGUCUUACGACUGCUGAACCACCUAUCAUGAAACAAACUCAGUAUCCUACGACUCCUGAGCCCCCUAUCAUGAAACAAAUUCAGUGUCUUACGACUUCUGAACCACCUAUCAUGAAACAAACAUUGUGUCCUAUGACUUCUGAGACCCCUAUCAUGAAACAAAUUCAGUUUCCUAUGACUCCUGAGCAGCCUAUCACUAACUUAAGUGGUUUUCCCAAUGAGGAUGUUAAGGUUGCGCUGGAUGAAACGUCCACUGAGGACAAAAUCCCUGACAGCGGUUCCUUAAAGGAGCCAAUAAAGAACCACAUUGAAAUAGCCGAGCAAGACAGCAAGGUCCAGGAUGUAGUUCAGGUCAAAGAGACCAGCUCUGAUGUGACACAACACAAAGACAGCAAAAAUAAAAAAGAUAUUGAAGCUCCCUCAUCGUCCAUCGAGCAGGACAAGGUCGUCAUUGAACACAUCAUCCCUUUGGGAGUGGAGUUUAUCGAGCCAAGGACUGGUUUCUUCUGUAAACUUUGCGAACUGUUCUACACCAGCGAGGAGACGGCAAAGAUGAGUCACUGCCGCAGCACGGUGCACUACAGGAACCUACAGAAAUAUCUGUCCCAGCUGGCUCAAGAGAGUCUGCAUUUUGGAUUUUCCACGACACAGUGACAUCAUGUGGACAUAUUGUUGUACAGCAGGCGUAACCUUGAAGACAUUGGGGGAGUAAAACUUGAAUAACUGACAGCCUAAACAAUAAAUGUUGUACAUAGUCAAGUGUAAUGUAUAUUUAUGUAUUUAUUGUUAAAGAACUGUUCCUGAACCGGAACCUUAGACACGUGUUUGACUUGGCAUGUCGUCACUAAAUCAACUCCUUUAAAGACAAAAUCUGACUUCCUGUCGAAAUUACAAAAUGAGCUACAAAGUCACUUAAAAAUGAUGCCAAUGAAUGUUUUUACUCAGGGGAAACUGAGGCAGAUUCUCAGGGUCGUUGAAUUUGUUGGAAGAGAUUUCAGUGUGUUGUAUUUCCAACUUCUUGAUAACUGGAGUCUUUGUGCUGCGCGUCUUGUUUUUUUGUGUGUGCACUACUUGUUGUCUUUCAGGUCAGACGUCACAUCAUUUGCACGCCAGUGGAAACCCUUUCCUCCGUUAAUUAAUGUCACAUUGAAAUUCAGCCAUCCAUAGUCCCAGUCUAUCUGGCUUGAUGCCUUCAAAAUGCAAUACAGUACCUUAAACCGGACCAUUUAUUGGAGUUAAAUAUGCCCAACAGUUAUUGUUCCACAGGAUUUUCAUGCCAGACUUAUUUUGUAUUCUGUCCAAGUUCAUCCAGUUUCG